UUGCAGCUCCUUUUUUCAUCUUCUCCUCUUUAACUCCUGCCUGAAGCUGCAAUGGGGUGGGAUGCUUCAAAUGGUUCCAAGACCUUUGGGCCGGAUUACUUUAGCUACUAUAAGUCUGAGAUAGCAGAGUUACUAUCCCAAGAUGAAGAUUUGCUGCCUUCGUCACUUCAAGAUUCUGCCUCAGCUAAAGUUGUGAAUGGGUAUAAGACUAGUGAAAAGAAGAAGUGUACUAGUGCAAGUUCUUCUUCCUUGUUUUAUGGUUGCAUUAGUCCUGAGGUCUAUGAGUUAAAAAGGGAAAAGCUGAAAUCUCUACUUCGCCGUAGUGUUUUUUCUCUUUCGCAGGAUGUUGAUGAGGGAGUCUUCCAAGUAACUCAGCUACUGAUGCACCUGAAACUGAUCAAGAUCGUCCUAGUAAGAAGCUCAAACUGUCCACUUUUCCUCUGCGAGCUUCUGAAAGUCAAGGCCCCGAGGACAAAUCUGUUCGAGAGCAAUGCCUGCAGACUUGAAUGCAACAAGAUGGAUGAGCCUUUGCAACCCAACAACAAAAAUAAGAAUGAUGACCUUUCAGACACAAGUGUUGGGGCUGCUAAAGAAGAUGAAGUCGAUGGUCGUUUGGUUCUCCUCCAGAGUGAAAGCUCAAUCGUAGAGGAAGGACUCAAAAGGGUAUCCGAUGAUUUGUCAGCUGUGCUUGGCCACAUGGAGCAGGAACUUAAAGAACUACUUGAUGCCGUGAUGUCGAAGUGCAGGUUAAUGACCCUCACUGAGAAACAAGAGCUCCAACGAAUGAUUAAGAACCUGCCACCAAGAAAUCUCGACAGUGUUGCAGAGAUUAUCCAUUGUCAAGGGCAAUCAGAUGCACAUUCUUGCAACGAAAUGCACAUUGAUUUGGAAAAAGAGGACAAUGUAAAGCUUUGGCAUUUAUACUUCUACGCCAAAGCUGUUGAAAAUGCUACAAAGCUCCGUAGUGCUUCUUGAUAACCUUCCUGGUUGGUGGGGGUGGGGUGGGGAUGGUAGGGCACGUGCCCUACGAGCUACUGCGGAUUGCCUUUGGAAAUGUUGAGAUUGCAGGGGAUUUUCGAUGAAAAAUGUGGCGGUUUUAUCGCAGGGGUGCCCUCAAGAACUCGAUACUGCCUCUGCCACUGUAACUAGCCGGGUGCUCGGUACAUUCGGUGCCGCAUUGGCUACCUUCCCGAUGUGUUUGUUUAGUACAACAAAUAGUUGAAGGAAUUUAAUUAUUUGAUUCAAAUCCAAUGAAUUUGAGAGCACAUUGCAAUAUGCACCAUUUGUGAUUGGGAUUCAUUAUUAAUCGAAAUGUAUUUUCAUUCAUUUCGUCACUUUUAGUUUGUUAUGCAAUUUUAUUCGAACUAAAUAAGGCCUUUGAAUCCUU